AUGACCGAGUUUGACGAAAACGAUCCUCUUCAACUCCUGAAGCAAUAUGAUAACAAAGACUUGAUACCUCAGCUUCUUGAUGCUGAUGGUAAUGUUGUCCAUACACUUAAGGAGACCAAGUACAUACAAUUUGACUCAAAGAAAUUCGACAAAGACAUGAUCACUAACUUUCGGAGCGCAGCGACAAAUGAACUACUUCCCCUUUCUGUCCUUUACCAUGCCACUAUUACUAAAAAACUUGAUCUGGUCCACUACAAUGAGAAUGCUACUAAUGAAAAAUUUUCCACGCGUUUGGGUUUCGUUGACAGAAGAAAUUGGCUAGAUUUUAUAAAAGGUAAAGGUUCGUACGUCAGACUUUCUGAGAAGCGCCCUCUCGAUGCCGCCGAUUCAGAACAGCAAUUAGCCGCAGAACGAAAACGUCAAAGAAAGGCUGAAUAUGAGAAAGAUAAAAUAUGGAGGGAGGUUUAUCGUAAGACACGAGAACUCUCACCAAAGUCACUCUGGGAAGAGUCCUUUGAAAGCAAAGCCAAAGAAGAAAACUACACUUAUUAUAUACAGCUUGCAGAUGAUUACUUUUUAAAGAUGAAAAAGGAUUCGGCUUCACAGGAUCGAGGCGCACAUUCUAGACAAGAUCCAGUAUCAAGGACACAUCAUCGUUCAUCAGGAAAAUCGAGGGCACCUAAAGUUCCAUUGAUUCUAGUGACAUCUGCACCUUCUGCUUUCAUUACGAUGUACAACGUUAAGCAAUUACUUCAAGACCAAAGAUACGAAGAUCAAGUGAAGCUUCGUAAUGAAAAGCCUAAAGAACGACUAAUUCAGAUCACUCACAAAGGGAGAGUGUAUGAAUUCACGGAUACCACAGAUAAUUUACAAGAAGCCGAUUGGGAUCGAGUUGUAUGUAUAAUUACUGAUGGCAGUGAAUGGAUCUUCAAAAAAUACAAAUGGAAGACUCCACAAGAUACUUUCAAGCAUGUUCCCGGCGUCUAUUUCAAAUUCUAUGGUGAUGAUGUUAAGAAAAAUGUCAAGACAUGGAGAAAUGUUCAGGGCAUCGACAUUCAUCGUGAAUUCCGCCAUCGAGAUCCAGAGGCGUUCAUGGAAUUUUGGAAACUGGUAGAAAGGAGUAGAUUAUGA